AUGGACAUUGGCAAUGAAAAUCAAGAAAACUAUAAGCAGAAUGAAUUAGGCUAUAGUGAUGAUGAUAUGGAGAUUAAUUCUAGAAUUGAAAUGAAAUCUGAUGUCGGAAUAAAUAAGAGUCAUCUAGAAAUAGACAAUCAUAAUGUAUUAGGAAAUAAGAAAAUAUUGUCAAAAAGUAAUAGAGGACUAACAAAUAACACAGAAAAACCAUUAUAUUCUUAUGCUUCGUUAAUUGGACAGGCAAUUUUGCAGUCACCAAGAAAAAAACUAAUCGUUAGUGACAUUUUUAAAUGGAUAUCAAAUACUUAUCCUUAUUAUUCAACAAUUAAAAGUUCAUCAUGGAAGACUUCGAUUCGUCACAACUUAUCAAAGCAUGAAAUGUUUAUUCGGGUAGAAAAUGAUAAUUCUUCAAGAGCAUGUUGGUCUGUUAAUCCUGAUUCAGAAAAUUGUUUCGUUGAUGGAGUAUUUCACUCGGAUAUGCUUCAGUACACAAAAAAAGCAAAAAGAAAAGAAAAGAAGUCGAAGGAUUAA